AUGAAGGAUAUAUUCCAUCUGCAGGAUAGUAACCUGUGUUCUUCAACUACCUGCCAGCAUCAUUUUUGGCUGAGCAAGUGCGCGAGGACGAUCCCCGGCGGCGUGGCCAACCUCAACUACCCGUCGUUCGUGGUGGUUUUCGACAGUCGCACCCGCGUGCGCACGCUGACGCGGACGGUGAGCAAGGUGUCGGCGCGGCCUGAGAGUUACAACGUGACAGUCUGUAGGAUCGAAAGUAUGGAUAUUUGCACUUUCACGGUCGCCGCGCCGGACUGGGUGAAGGUGACGGUGACACGAACGACGCUGGAUUUCAAGCGGGUGAACGAGGAGAGGAGCUACACCGUGCAGUUCAACAGCGAGACCGGAGCGAAGGUGAGGCCGGCCGGGACGUGGGACUUCGGCCACAUCGUGUGGGAGAACAGGAAGCACCGGGUCAGGAGCCCUGUCGCCUUCAAAUGGGACAACUGA